AAUCCGAGGAACAACACAGAGCUCAUCCGCCAGCCAUUAACCCUAGCAAUGUCUCGUGGUAGCGAUCUAUCAUACAAGCACGUCGGAGUUCUGAGAACAAAUGCAUCUGAUAAGAUCGUGCCUGAUACAAGAGAUUACAAAAACCAAGGAUUCUCCUAUCCUGUUGCAGUGCAGGUCGGUAACACACUUGUGACUGCUUACUCGGAGAAUAAAGAGAACAUUUGGAGAUAUCUAUCCUACCAUCUCACAAUAGCCCUGCACAGUCAUUUCAAUAUCCAAGCCGAAGGAAUACGACGUUUGCGGUAUGUCCAUUUCCUAUCUUAAGUCUCAUCCCGUCCGGACGAUUAUUUUGACAUUUUGGAAUGCGGUCUCGAAGUCUCGAGACUCAACGAGUCCUCCCAAGACUCUUCUAAGCCCAGGGAUAGUAUUUGACAUUUCGAUGAUAUCCAGCUUCAUCAAGCCGUGAGCAACAUUUCUCACUACUCCAAUUUCAACCUCAG